AGUGGAACGCAGUGGCGACUCGCUUGACGCACACAUGCUGGCUCCAAAUAAUCUCGCAUCAGUUUUGUUAUAACCACCGUUCGGAAGACAUUUCAACCAUCCAUCCGCGUUUGUCGUUUAUAAAGGAUUGUAUAAUGCAGUUCAAUAAUAACGAGAAUGAAGAAAAGUUUCCCUAUUCAAUAGAUUUUGUGGAUCAAGACACAAAUUCAAAGCUCUUAAGGAACUUUCAUGGCGAAAAAACUGGUUUUGUUCAAGUAGGGGACGAUAAAUGGUUCUUUCCUAGCAAAUACCGAGAUGCAGCGGAACACUUCUACAACUUUAAGGCGCGAUCUGAUGAUGUUUGGAUUGCGACUUAUCCCCGUUCUGGAACAACGUGGACGCAAGAGAUGGUAUGGUUGAUAUGUAACAACCUGGAUUUUGAUGCCGCACGAAGCGAGCCUUUAACAAAGCGCUUUCCGUUUUUUGAAUUCCACAUGUUUAUGCACGAUAAAAUGAAGGCACAGUUCCUGAUGGAAAACGAAAAUCCAGCCAAUAAAGAGUUCAUAGAGCAAGCGUCGAAACCUGCCUAUGAGUUGUUGGAUUCCAUUACGACUCGAAGAUAUAUAAAAACUCAUUUUCCUUUCACAUUACUGCCACCUAGCAUAUUUAAAACAGGAGCUAAGGUAAUCUAUGUGGCUCGAAAUCCAUCAGAUGUAGUGGUAUCGUAUUACCACCUCAACAGAUUAUAUCGUACUCAAGGCUAUCAAGGGGAUUUCGAAACUUUUUACAGUUAUUUUGAAAACGAUUUAACUCCAUGGUCACCAUACUGGACGCAUUUAAAGCAAGGAUGGCAAGCGAGGAGUUUACCAAAUGUUCUUUUCAUGUUUUAUGAAAAUAUGAACAAAAAAUUAUCGGAAACCAUACGAACAGUUGCCAGUUUCCUCGACAAGAAGCUAUCCGACGAAGAUGUGAACAAGCUAGUAGAUCAUUUGAGUAUAGAUAAUUGUAAGAACAAUCCAUCGAUGAACGGUGCCGAGCUAAAAGCAGUAGGCAUUUUGAAUCACAAUACUCAGGGUUUCAUCAGGAAAGGUAAGGUGAAUUCGUCGGACCAUGAACUCACGGACGAAAUAAAACAGCGCAUUCAAAAAUGGACACUGAAUAAUUUAAAAGAUUCAAAUCUAAAGUUUCCAACGAGCAAUGACAUUUAAUAAUUAUAGAAUUGUGAGUCAAACCUUGA